AUCACGAUUCAUUUUUUUAAUCGCUUAACAGCCCUAAAAUUUUUGUGAAUAGCCUUUUUCAUUAUUUAGCUAGAUGUAUAGAGAGUUAGUGUUAAUUACAUAAUGGCAUUUUUUUUUUGCCAUGCUGCUAUUAAAUUAUUCAUGAGUCAUUUUAUCACCAUUCAACUGGUUUUCUGUUAUCCUAGCUCUAAAAUAAGCUAGUACAAGAUACUUGAGAAAGGUGUGAAUCCUACACAAUGGAUAAUAUGGUAGUAACAUGCUUCCAGGAGAGGCUCCUUCCUAGCACCAAGCAACUGGAAGUUCAUGUCCUGUAGAAUGUCCUUUACGUGUCUUAUUUUUUUAAGUCUUAGCUUGACUGUGACUGCAGAUGGAGUGCCUUUUUAUAAACCCUACCAAGGAAUUUGUUUCAAAAAUAUAUUGUGGCAGUGAAUUCCACAGGUUAAUUUAUUUGUUUUACAUGUUGCCAUAUAAUUUCAUUGUGUAUCUCAUUUCUAUUUCACAAGAGGGAUAAUAGGAGCACCCACCUGACCUUUGCUACAUUAUCAAUUAUUUUACACACGUUGAAAAUGCCACCUUCUAUUCGUCUUUUCUGUAAGCUAGACAUCCUUCUCUUUUAAGUCUCUCCCCUUCCAUGCAUCUUAUAACUUUCCUUGCCCUCCUCUGGACCUUUUGUCAUCUAUAUCUGAGAUGGACGUAGUAUACACUGAUAUUAAAGUACUUACAGAGAAAUACUGUUGUGUAUCUUACUGCAACCUCAUCGCUUAUAUGCUUGUUUUGCCUACUGUCCACACGGAUACCGAAGACUUUUGCUUGAGCGGCUACAGUAUUUUAGACUCCAGCCUCAUGUAAGAGUAGCCCAAGGCUGACUCUGGCUGGCACGUACCCCCUUUUCUUGCCGCGCGGUGUGCGCUUCCCCUUGCUGCAGGGAGCGCUCACCCCGGGUGUGAGCGGCUCCAAGACACGCGCGUACGGGCGGCCAAGCGUGCGGAGGGGAGUUUUCCUGAAGUUAUGCGGGCGAUUUGUCGGUGUCUCGCUGAGCAGUCGCAGCAACCCCCUGGUAGCAGCUGGGCGAGGCUCAGACGCUGCCUCACAACACCCGCGUCUUUGAAGGGAGGCGCCCCAAGUCACGGAGGCGCGCUGACAAGCGCCCGGGCAGGCAGCGGCUCUCGCCGUCAGCCGGGACGUGGAUGCUCUCGACUUCACUUUCAUACUGGAAUUUAACCGCGUGGCUUGGAUACAUCCCAGCAAUAGCCAUCUUUACUCAGUGUGUGAACUAAAAUCCAAGACAAGAGAUGAGGAGAUUUGUCUACUGCAAGGUGGUUCUCGCCACCUCUCUGAUGUGGGUGCUUGUGGAUGUCUUUUUACUCUUGUACUUCAGUGAAUGUAACAAAUGUGAUGACAAGAAAGAGAGGUCACUGCUGCCUGCUCUAAGGGCUGUUAUUUCAAGAAACCAAGAAGGACCUGGAGAAAUGGGAAAGGCUGUGCUCAUUCCCAAAGAUGACCAGGAGAAAAUGAAAGAGCUGUUUAAAAUCAACCAAUUUAACCUUAUGGCCAGUGACUUGAUUGCACUUAACAGAAGUUUGCCAGAUGUAAGAUUAGAAGGAUGCAAGACAAAAGUCUACCCUGAUGAACUCCCAAAUACAAGUGUAGUUAUAGUAUUUCAUAAUGAAGCCUGGAGUACUUUGCUUCGAACUGUUUACAGUGUUAUAAACCGAUCCCCACACUAUCUGCUUUCUGAGGUUAUCUUGGUGGAUGAUGCCAGUGAAAGAGAUUUUCUGAAAGCCUCAUUAGAAAAUUAUGUGAAAAAUUUGGAAGUGCCAGUAAAAAUUAUUAGGAUGGAACAACGGUCAGGACUGAUCCGUGCUCGGCUCAGAGGAGCAGCGGCUUCUACGGGCAAGGUCAUAACUUUCCUGGAUGCACACUGUGAAUGCACUUUAGGCUGGCUUGAGCCCCUGCUGGCAAGAAUAAAGGAAGACAGAAAAACUGUUGUCUGUCCAAUCAUUGAUGUGAUCAGUGACGAUACAUUUGAAUACAUGGCUGGGUCAGACAUGACAUAUGGAGGGUUUAACUGGAAGCUUAAUUUUCGCUGGUAUCCUGUUCCUCAGAGAGAGAUGGACAGAAGGAAAGGAGACAGAACCUUGGCUGUAAGGACCCCUACUAUGGCUGGUGGCCUAUUUUCUAUUGACAGAAACUACUUUGAAGAGAUAGGAACUUACGAUGCAGGAAUGGAUAUCUGGGGUGGAGAAAAUCUUGAAAUGUCUUUUAGGAUUUGGCAGUGUGGAGGCUCCCUGGAGAUUGUAACAUGCUCUCAUGUUGGACACGUGUUCCGUAAGGCAACCCCUUAUACUUUUCCUGGUGGCACUGGUCAUGUAAUCAACAAGAACAACAGGAGACUAGCAGAGGUCUGGAUGGAUGAGUUUAAAGACUUCUUCUAUAUAAUAUCCCCAGGUGUUGUCAAAGUGGAUUAUGGUGAUGUGUCAGUCAGAAAAGCACUAAGAGAAAAUCUGAAGUGUAAACCCUUUUCAUGGUACCUAGAAAACAUCUAUCCAGACUCCCAGAUUCCAAGACGCUAUUAUUCACUUGGUGAGAUCAGAAAUGUUGAAACCAACCAAUGUUUGGAUAACAUGGGCCGCAAGGAAAAUGAAAAAGUGGGUAUAUUCAACUGCCAUGGCAUGGGAGGAAAUCAGGUAUUUUCUUUUACUGCUGAUAAAGAGAUCCGCACAGAUGAUUUAUGCUUGGAUGUUUCUAGACUCAAUGGCCCUGUGAUCAUGUUGAAGUGCCAUCAUAUGAGAGGAAAUCAGCUCUGGGAAUAUGAUGCUGAGCGGCUCACAUUGCGGCAUGUCAACAGCAACCAGUGUCUCGAUGAGCCAUCUGAGGAGGACAAAAUGGUUCCAACCAUGAAGGACUGCAGUGAAAGUCGUUCCCAGCAGUGGCUGCUACGUAACAUGACCUUGGGUGCCUAAAGCUAAAGAGACUUCCCAUGUUCCUUCAGACCUUGCAAAGUGUCUAGGCUUUCAUUCUUCACUUAUUUGAAUCAGAAGAAAGGAUAUUCCUCUUCCUUUGUUCUUGGUGAAAUGAAAGGCUUUGAAGCCCUCUUAGAAGUCCAGCUAUCAGAGCAAAGUCAUUUGUUUUUUUGCUUGUUUUGGCAUGUUUGCACAUGCCCCUUUGAAAGUUGUCCUUUCAAAAGAAGCACAUUAGAAGCUAUAAAUAGCAUAAUAUAUGCUACUAUCAAUACCAGACACACUUGGAAAAGUAUUUCCAGAAAGACCUUUGAGCCUAAUAUCAAAAGGUUUGGGGGUUUUGUUUUCUGGUUAUGUCACAUAAUAUUGCUUGAAAGUGACAGGAUGUGAAAUGCCUUAUGACACUAACUUACAUUGUGAAAGAUUAUAUCAGUUCUUUUAUAAAUGUAAUGUAUUUGUUCUGGCCCUCCAUAGCAACAUGAUGAGGAUAUUAGUUGCUCUCUAGUGUCAUUUGGCACUCAGUGAAGUAUUAAACUGAAAGGGUUACUGAGCAGUAAAUUUACUGUACAUAACGAAUGUUUCAUGUUUUGUGCCAGGAACAAUGAAAUCGCUAUACAUAAUAGUUCUUUAUAAAAGCAGCAAAAUGGAACAAAUACAGUAAGAAACGGAUACUAUAUAAUAAAUGAAACUUCAGCAAAAAACAUUUGAAUGAUAUUAAAGAGAGUGGGCAGCAUACAUGAGUAACCCAGAUUAAUGCAAAUUGGAAUUGCCCAUGUAUCCUCUACAAUAGGAAGACAAAUCACUAUGGGCCUCAUUUACCUGUGUGCACUUCCACUAACCCCAAAUGGCUGCAUGGCCGGAGAAUGGAACUGGUAGCAGAAUUUUGCCAUCUGAGUCAAAAGUUAGGCUGAAGCUCAAUCUGUAGCUUCUGGCUUUGAGCAUAAAUAUCUCAGCAGACUGCCUAAUGUAUACAAGGCCAUCCAAAGUUUGGAGAUCCCCACAAUACCUAUGCACAAAGGGACAGACUAUGGACGGAGUUUGAGCUCUAACUCUGAACUUUCUUGCUUUAAUAGGUUUAUGAUAGAUGCUUAUUUAUAUUUUAAAAUAAUAGUUUGUCUCUUAAUUUCUUUUCUCUUUUCUUUACAUGGCUAUUAAAAAUAUGCUGCUGAUCGAGCAGUAGUAUCAAAGGCUUCAUAGGAACUAAUACCAUCUCAACACACACAGUAAGAGUUUGCAAAAGUGGUUUGUGUUGUUUUAAUACAUGUCCAUAACACAGACAUUUAAGCUAAUCCCUCUAUAUCACCACAUAAUGGAUCUGCUAUAAAAAUGCUUGGACUCUGUGCAAUAGGCUUAAUGUAUGUCAUUUGCCCAGGGGCAUAAGGGUCAUGGGAGCACAGCAGAACCAGGAAUAGAACCAGCACAGCAGAACCAGGAAUAGAGCAGCAGCCACAGAAGGGCUGGUGAGCAAUAUGGCAGCAUCCUACCCAGGAAUAGGAGAUAGAUUCUAUCCCAACCAACCACCCACACUUCCCCAAACACAGCCUGUUGCAUUGUGUUAGGAGCAGGAAGAUGAAACUGACUUCAUUUUCUGUGUACUGGCUCCUUUGGUGAAAGUAUAUUACCAGUACCAUGUAUUUGCACACUAUGGAUUGAUAUUUCAUGCACAUUUUCUUGAUAUAGAUCAUUAAAUGAAUACCAAAUGCAUAUUAAAUUUGAAAAAUCAUUACUAUGCAUACACAGUAGCUGCUUUUCAAGCCCUCAUAUCUUGUCUUUUUUUUAAGACACACAAAUUGUUCACAUUAUAGCUUAACAGCUAUCAAAACUGAACAGGGCUAUAAUUUUACUACGUGAAAGGAACAUUACAAAAUCACAAACAAAAUCAUUUAAAUGCCAAGCUUAAUGCAGAACAAAUUAUUGCAUUUUUCAAUCAUCACCUUUCAAAGGCCUGUUGGCCCCUGCACACCCUUAUUUCAAAAUUCAUGCUGAUAGAUCCCUUAUUUGGCUACUUAUCUUGAUAGUGCCCCUGUAACAAUAGUGGUGCUGGUGGGAACUACUAGCAUGUUUAACACCAUUUAGCAAUGUUAGAGGAGUGCAUAUGGUAUCUUUUUUUUUUUAACCUCUAAUAUUCUUAUUGAAUAAUAUCUCACUUAUCUAAUUGCAACUUGUAACAGUUGCUAAGUGCAGUUGCACUGUACAUUUCUGAUUGUGCAGUAUUAUCAACAUUAUUGGAAAGUAAUGAGAGAAUGGUACAGUAUCUAAGUUGAUUUCAAGAGCUGAGUCGCAAAUACAGAUCAUGAAACUGUUCGACCUUUCUUUGCUAGGCAUGCAGUACUACAGUGUUUAAUACCUUUUUAUCUGUAUAAAGUGGAUUGUGGCAAUGAAUUUGGACUGUUAUACUCCUUGAUUACAGUUGAUGCACCUUUAUUAUAUCAACAGCUGCACUGCUAUAUUAUAUACGAGUUGCUUGACUAAAAAAAAAGAAAAAAUACAUGUUUUAUUUUAUGCUUAUUGAUGGAUAAUGACACUGAGGGCACGUCUUCACUACCCGCCGGAUCGGCGGGUAGCAAUCGAUCUAUUGGGGAUCGACUUAUCGUGUCUAGUGAAGACGCGAUAAAAUCGAUCCCUGAUCGCUCUGCCAUCGACUCCGGAAAUCCACCGCAGCAAGAGGCGGAAGCGGAGUCGACGGCAGCGCGGCAGCCGUCGACUUGCCGCCGUCCUCACAGCCAGGUAAGUCGAUCUAAAAUACGCAAUUUCAGCUACGCUAUUCACAUAGCUGAAGUUGCGUAUCUUAGGUCGACCCCCGCCCCCCCGUAGUGUAGACCUAGCCUGAGUAGCAUGUUUAGAGCAGAAAUGUUGUUCAAAGGUUUGUCAGAAUUGUAUUACAGCUAGAACUUAGGCCUCGUGCUGCAAACACUUACACGUGCUUAACUUUACUCGCUGUGAGUAUGCCGUUUGACUUCAGUGGGAUUGAGCACUAAAUUUACUCCCUCUGUAAGGAGUAUAGGAACCAAAUAAGACACCAAAAAAAAAAUCUAAUAUAAGCAACUUGGAUGAGGAGAGAUGUCCUGCCACUCACCAAGUGACUAUUGUGUUGCUCUUGAGAGACUCCAGGGCCAUCUUAAAUUCUCAUGCAAUCUGAGUGGUGGUGUCUCAGCACAGCAAUGCUAUUUCAUAUCCUUAGUACUGAGGCUAGUAUAAGGAGCAUAAGACUGGGAACUUUCUAGGUUCUAAUUUCAAAUCCUACUAUUGAAUUCCUGUGUGGCCUUGGCAAGUCAUUUAGGCCAAAAUUAUUCAAAAGUAGUGUUUAAUUUUGGUUGCAUAAAUUUGUGGUGUCCAAAGUGGGAUACCCACAGAUUGAGGCACCCACAAUUAAAGGACAUUUUUGAAAAAAUUAGGCCUUAAGCUCUGAAUCUGUCUCCCAAUCUGUAAAAUGGAGCUAAUUCUUCCUUACUUCCCAGGGUCUUGUGAGGAUUAACAAAUAAUAUUUGUACAGUGUGUUCAAAAUGUAAAGAGCUAUAUAAAUGCUGAAUAUUAUUAUUAUUACUACUAGCAGAACACUAAUUCCAGUUCUCAUAUUUUCCAAAAGUUGCUUUCAGGGAAUGAAAGCCGGACACGAGGCUAGAGCAACACGUUAAAAGCAUUGAACAAAGUGGGCAUUUUGAAGGGCAGGUUAUUACUGUAAAUAGGACAAAAGUGCUGCAGUUUCUCAUUACCCCUGUACCUUCAGGAGUUACGUGGGGAGGAGGGGACUGUUGUAAAAUAUGAGAACAAGUUAAAUUAUAAGACAGAUUGCGUUAAUUUUGACUGGA